AUGGAUCCAUCAGGCCCGGACAGCAGCUCCGAGGGCCUCUUUGAAGGCAACCUCCCUCCCUCGCCAUCACCCGUCUCGAGGCUCAACUAUCCCGCUUCGCCUAAGGAGAUGCCCACAUCUUCGCAGCUUGCCUUCCGUCCGCCGCCUCGCCCAGGCUCCUCCAUGAGGAAGGGAAGGAAGAGCGACUUCAACACUCCCGCUCCUCCUCCGCUGCCCACCGCACCCAUGCCCACUUACGAACACAGACCGCUCACCGACGCCACCAACUUUGGCUCACACCACACUCGGCUCAGCGACUCCAACUUGCUUUCCUCACCUUCGCGUUCUACCUCGCGUUCUGCCACUUCGGGCCAGACCAGUCGUCCCUCUUCUCAGAACGGCAAGACGGUCGAUCUCACACGCUCCGUGCGCGAACGACUCCAAGUCUUGCGCGAGGAGAACGAGACCCAGGUCAACUCCGCUGGCCUUCUCGGCCAAGGCCUGCUCGGCCUGCGCACCAAGAUCGAAUCCCUUAUGGACGAGCUGGCCGAGGAGCUCAGCGCAGCCGAAGACCAUUCGGAAGACAGCCAUGGCGGCAAACAGGGUAAUGCCAGGAUCCGUGACCUCAGCGAAAGGAUCGAAGCCGAGAUCGAAGACCUCGAAACCCAAAAGCAAAAGCUCUUUUCCGACAUCACCGUCCACAGUGUCGACGUCGCCAACGGCAAUCUCGCAGACACAUCGGUCUUGAGCCUCUCCGAGACGCCUUCCAAAGCAAGCCGCGUCGCCGAUGCCAUUCGCAACCUCACCGCUACUCCGGGCAAGUCGCCUGCCGCGCCAACCGGGACCACGCCAAGACAGACAGACCGACGCAGCCGGAACGCAGCCGCACGCCAAGCAAAAGCCGACACGGACCUCAUCAACGAGAUCCAAGCAGGUCUCGUUCAGGAGGUGCGCCGCCUUCAAGGCCUGCUCAAGGAGCGCGACGACCAGCGCGUCUCGCUCGAACGCUCGCACGCCGAGCUCGAAAAGCAGCUCGACCAGUACAAGCCUCGCGUCAUCCAGAUGACGGAGACCGAAGACGCACUCAAGCAAGAGAACUGGGACCUCAACGUAUCCAAGCAGAAUCUCGAAGAGCAGCUCAGCGAGAUCAAGUCGACGCUCAAGAAAGCAGAGCUCGACAACCUGCGCCUUAACAAGGAGGUCGGCAAGGCGCGAGAGACGGUCGACUCGCAGCGACUUCAGAUCGAUGGCCAUGUCGCCGAGAUCGAGCGCCUCAACAAGACGCGCGAAACCGAGGUGGCCCUCGCCAGAAGAGAGCGUGCCGGCAUGCAGCGCGACGUUUCCGACCUUCAGAGCGAGCUGCAAAAGUUUCGCAACCAGCAGCUCCACGAGCACAGCGGUGUCUCCCGCAGCGUCUCGCACAGCUUCAUGUCGGACGCCGCCGCACAGGACGAAAAUGCCGAUGCCGAUGCUUUGGCCGCUAGGCUGCGAGCUGCUUCUGGCGAAGCUCCUCGCUCGCCAGGCGACUCGAUCUACUCGGCUGACGGCGCCAUUCUCUCGCCUCUAGGCAACCGUCUUGGACGCGACAAGGAGACGCAGGACCUGCGCGCCAAGCUCGCGCUUGCGCAGCGCAAGGCUGGUAAGGAUGCUGCCGAGAAGCGACGCGUACGCGGUAAGAACGCUGAGCUUGCCAAGCUGCUCGUCAAAGCCGGCGUCAAGGUGCCCCAGGGUCUUGACGACGAUGCCGAGACCAGCGAAGACGAAGAGCUGCACUGGCUCGAUGAGAAUGACGCUCACAGUCCGUCUGCCAAACGCCUCUCGCACAUCCGCGUCAGCCGUCCCGCGUCGAUGCGACCCCGACUUGGCCGCAAAAUGGGCAUGGUCUCGAGUAACUCGACCGACUCGAUCAUUGAGUAUGCAGAGUACGAAGACGAUUCGUACACAGGCACGCCGGCAGGUCCGGACGAUGCCUCGCCGUCGCGUGCCAGCCUUGACGGUAUGGACCCGGCAUUUGCCGAACUUGAUCGCGCAGACCCUGCCAAUACCAGCGUCGACAGCGCGGCAUCCCGCACCGCCCAUCGAGGCCACCGCUCUCGUCCCUCCAUCGGCAGCAGCCCGCUUGCCCGCAACGCUCUCUUGCCACAUGACUCCGACGAGCAGGAGAGUCCUUCGUCGCAGCGUGUUCUACCAAAGGGUGGACGACGUAGCGGUGCUACCGUACGACCGGCUUCGGCUGUCUUUGAGCCAAGCGCACUCGGCAGUGAGCUCGGUGGUCUGGCCGCGGAGCUCGAACCACACGCCAACGCUCCAGAGCUGUUCGAGGCUAGCAUGCAGACGGAUGACCUACCCGAUCUCGUCGGCCCAGCGCUGGCCAAGCGAGACGAGCAGCACAAGGCUGCGAUCUCGUCGCUUCACCAGGAGCACGCGAGCGCCAUCGAAGCACUCCACAACGAUUACGGUGCCAAGAUCUCGACGUUGCAGGGUCAGCAUGCUGUAGUCAUCGACAUGCUCAAGAAGAAGCACGAGAACGAGAUCGAUGCGCUCUCUGCCAGCCACGAGAAGAGCUUGACCGAGAAGGACGAGGGCCACUCUGCCGCUUUGGAAUCUGCUUUGGCCGAGCGCGCCAAGAUCCACGACGCGGCUGUUGCAGAGGCCCGUUCGCGCCAUUCGCGCGCGCUGGCCGAGCAAGUCGCCGCUUCAAGUGCUGCUCUGGCUGCGGCUGUGGCUUCGCACAAGACUUCGAGCGAGGACUUUGCGCGCAAGGUCAAGGAGGAGAAAGAGCUCAAGGAAAACUCGCACACCUUUGCCCUCUCUCAGAAGGAUCGCCAGAACAAGGAGAAGCUCGAUGCACUGGAGGCAUCGCACACUGUAGCUUUGCAGAGCUUGCGCAACGAACAUCAACAACUGCUUGCGAUCCGCGAAAAGGCGCUCGAGGAAGCCGAUGCUCAAUUGGCCGAGCGCGAAAAGGCGAGCAACGUCCUUGUUGCAUCGCAUGCUGCAGAAGUGGCUUCGCUGAAAGAGCAACAUCAAGAAGCGCUUACCCAGCAUGGCAAGGCCAUCAAGGAGCUGUCCGAUUCGCACACCUCGGCCGUGGCUGCUUUGCAAGAGCGUCACCGUCAGGAGGUGAGCAAGCACCAGGAUGCCAACAGGGACCUCGCUGCAAGCCACACUUCCGAGCUGGCUACGCUGCAAGACGGUCACCGCGCCAAGCUUGACGAGCACGACAAGUCGGUCAAGGCGCUGUCUGCGUCGCACGUUGCGGCUGUGGCUGCCCUUGAACAAGGUCAUCGCCAGGCACUCGCGACCCGCGAUGCCACGCUGGAGCACGCCAAGGAAGAGCUCGAGGCACGUAGAAAGGAGCUCGACGCCCGCAACCAGGAGCUUGCGACUCGAACCAAAGAGCUCGAGAGUGCCAAGGCAGAAAUCGACGAGCUGCAAAAGAGCAUCGCCUCGCUGCGUGCAGAGACGGACCAACUCAAGCAGCAGCUCGCCGAGCUUGCAAAGUCGCGUACGGCUGCCGAGCGCGAGCUUUCCGAGACGAAGUCAAACCUCGACAUGGUCAACGAAAAGGCGCGAAGGCAGGAGGAAACGGCUCGCGAGCUUUCUCGCCAGCGUGAAGCCGAGGCCACCGCUGCUGCAGCUGCUGUUGCUGCUCGAUCUGAGGCACUCACUGCCACGGAAGCGCAAAAGGAGCAGCUCGAGGCGGCUCACGCUGUCACGGUGGCUCAGAAGGAACGUCAGCACCAGGAUGCUGUCAAGGUGCUCGAGGACCGACAUGCCACCGCCGUGGCCUCGAUCCGUGCCGAACACAAGCAGGCACUUGAGAGUCGGGACGAGGCAGUACACAUGCACCAACAGCUCGUGGCCCAGAGAGAGAAGGAGCUGGACGCAAAGCGCAUCGAGCUGCAAAAGGCUCUUGCUCAAGUACAGUCGCUCGAACAGCAGCUGGUCGGCGAGCGAGAGAGAGCCUCCGAGGAGCAGCGCAACGAGGUCGACAAAGUGCAGUCUCAAGUCAAGGCGCUCGAGGAGAAGCUCGUCGCAGACAGAGAGCGUGCUGUCGAGCAGCAGCACAGCGAAGUCCAAAACAUGCAAGCGCAAGUGCGCCAGCUCGAAGAGCAGCUCGCCAGUGAACGAGGACUUGCGCUACAACAGCAGAGCACCGAGGUGCAAAAGGUGCAAGCUCGCGUCCAGUCGUUGGAGCAGCAGCUCGUCAGCGAGCGUCAACGUGCACUCGAAGAGCAGCGUAGCGAAGUUGCCAAGGUUCAUGUGCAAGUGCAGGCGCUCGAGCAGCAGAUUGCAAAGCUGCAAGACGACGCCAACAGCACGCAGCAGUCUCGCUUCCUGGCAGAGACGAACCUGAAGCAGGCUCAGACGGCCCACUCAGCUUUGCAGAAGCAGCACGAUGAGGUCAAGGCGACCGUUGCUUCGUUGCAAUCCAAGGUUCGUUAUCUUGAGUCGACGAUCACUGCACAGCGCUCGUCCACCGAACAGAACCGUCUUGCUUCGGACAAGGAGCUGCAGACGAUCCAGUCGGCGCUCAACACGGCGCAGAAGAAGGUACGUGAGCAGGAGGCCACAAUUGCAAAAGCCGAGGCCGCUGCCGCUGCUGCCCUCGCUGCUGCUGCCGCGGCUGAAACACAGCUUCUGGCCAAGAACGAAGCCGUCACGGACACCGAAAACGAAGGCGACGAUUUCAAGGACGCUGUCGAGGGGACGGAGGCUCCAGCCGCCGAAGCGGACGAAACUGUUGCACCCUCCAAAGCUCCUGCCGUCGAGAUGAAGGAGUCGUCUUGCCAGACCGACGACGAAGCGUGGCAGCUCUACCAGCAGCAGCGCCAACAGCAAGCCUUGGCUGAAGCAGCGCCGCUGCAGCCCACUCUCGAGAGCCUGGCUGCUCAGAACAACCUCGUCACUUUGGGCGGUGCGAACCGGGCUCGCGAUUCGGUAGGCACAUUUGGAGGUGAGCGAGCUUCCUCGCCCGCCACUGUGCUCUACGGUGCCGACGCCUUCAGCAGCCAGAGCCAGAGCCGCAGGCCAUCGGCCGACUCGACGUGGUCGCGUCACACGGAUAGGGCCGCGUCCGAGGCUGUUCCACCGGUGCCUCCAUUGCCGGACAAGACCAAAGCACCAAUCAUGUCGAUGCCGCCCCCUCCCUCGAUGCCUCCUCCGUCGUCGCUUAAGAGGAACCCAGCUCCUCCGCGGCCCACUUCGCCUCCUCCGGCCGACUUGCUCACGCGCGCCCAGCAGAUCCAUCUGCAGGUACCUCCUGGAUCCGGCGAACAUCCUCGUUCUGUCUCGCGAGCCUCUGGUCGUGGUGGACCGCCACCGAGCGCUUAUCCGUCCAGCAGCCGCGCCCGCCAGCAGAGCUCGGGCGCAGGCAGCCUGCGUUCGCGCACCUACUCGAAUGACUCGAACAACCCGCAGCCGCUGGAUGGUAGUAUCUACGCCAACUUGAAUUCGGGACGCAAGAGCAUCAGCUCGCGCAAGUCGGCGACUCGACGACCCGCUCCGGGACCGCGACAGUCGUCUGCCGCCUCAUUUGUGUCGGAUGUCACUUCCGAGGUCAGCCGCCGUCUGUCGAUGAUGUCGUCUGCUGCCUCGGACGCCGAUCCCGGUGACGAAACCUUCGUCGUCCGCGGACCAGGUGCUGCUGGCAAGGCGGGUCAACGCGGUCUUGCAGGCUUCGGCACCGACGCAACAGACCCUGCGAUUAUCCACGCCAUCACCCAGACCAUGAUUGGCGAGUACAUGUACAAGUACACGCGCAAAUCUAUGGGACGGGGCGGCCACUCGGACAAACGCCACCGACGCUACUUUUGGCUGCAUCCGUACACCAAGAUGCUGUACUGGACCAUCAGCGAUCCUGGUGGUGCCAAGGUGUCGGAAGGUACGAGCAAGAGUGCUCCGAUCGAGGGUGUGCGUGUGGUCGAGGACAGCAAUCCAUCGCCACCCGGCUUGCACGCCGAGAGCAUCAUCAUCACCACGGCUUCGCGCGAGGUCAAGAUCAGUGCACCUAACCGCGAGCGCCACGAAGCAUGGCUCGCUGCGCUCGAGUAUUUGGUGCAUCGCCCGACCAUUCAAGACGCAACGGUGAUUGCUAGCAACGCUGCUCCCGAAUUGAUGAGCGAUGCAGAGAACGACCCGACUCUGAUCACGCGCAGUGUGGGACGUCGGGCCAAACCUCGAGCCUCGGCGGCAACGCUUGGAAGCGCAUCAGUGACAGGAUCGCGAAAGCUGUCAGCACAGCGCAGCUUCCUGAACCGUCGCUCGUCCGAUCACGCUCUGCGAAACGAGUCGACGCCGCGUCGACGUGGCAGCAUUGGCGCACAGAGUGUGCGGUACCCUUCGUUGGGCAAGCGACGCGACGUUGCGGCCAAGGAGUGGCUACAGCAGCACGAGCACGAUCGGGAAAUGUCGGUCUCGAUGAGUCCAAGCCGCAGCGUGCGCAACGGUAUGUAUUCUGCCAGCGUCCGCAGUGGCGCCGAUGCGGAAGAGGACGAUUUUGAGUUGCUCGAUCUCACUGCCACUCAGUCGCCCAUCCGACGCGCGUUGGCCAACGACGAUCCGCGUCUGAAAACGGCCGAGGAGAUGCUCGAGGAGGAUGAGCCGGAGGGCUGGGACGGUCUCACCAACGUUCGCGCGUGCUGCGAUGGCAAGCACGAUGUUGGCUCGCUGGCUCAUCAACACUCCCACAACCACAGUCAGGCGGGAUCGGCCAGCGGCAGUCGCAAGUCCUCGCGUAUUCACCGUCGCGAGUCGAGCGGAGGAUCGCGCUUUUCGUCGAUUGGGCUCAAGUCAAAGCUGGACGCGGCGGUCAGGGCUGCUGAGGAACGCGAGCAUCAGCAACAGCAGCCGCCACCGGUGCCGCGUCUGCCUGCUUCGCUGCUGCCCAGCGGUACGCCGCUCGGAAUGAACAGGAUGAUGCUCGGUCAGGAGAGUGUUGAGGGCACGGCAUCGAGUCCUCCACCCACAGCAACCAGUGAGAGCACGACGGAUGAGCACGGCGUGCUGGCGAUGGGACGACCGGCUAGUGCCAUGUCAUCUUUGACCGGGCCGAGCUACGGACAGCGUGUGCAGCAGAUUCGAAAAGCUCGCCAGUCGGCGGGUAGCACCGGAGGGCGCUGA